GGCGGCGACUGCGGCGCCGCGGGCUGGAGGCCAGCGUCGGGGAAGUCCCGGUCCCGGAUUCCGCACGAGGUGUUGACUGGGCCGCUUCUGUCCGCCUCUCCUCCGCGCGCGCCGAGCCCGCGCGGCCCGGGCUGCACGUCCCAGACGCUUCUGCGGCGCCAGGCUGCAAGUGAGACCCCCAGGAGACCGGACCCCAUGGCUUCCUGGAAGAGCCCCUGGUGGCUGCUGAUAUGGAUGGUCUUCAUGCACUCUGCCCUCCUGCAGACCACAGCAGAGAAGUCUCCUGGGGCCUAUUUCCUUCCUGAGUUUGCACUCUCCCCUCAGGGAAGUUUUCUGGAAGAUACAACAGGGGAGCAGUUCCUCACGUAUCGCUAUGAUGACCAGACUUCAAGAAACACUCGUUUGGAUGAAGAUAAAGGUAGCAACUGGGAUGCCUGGGGUGACUGGAGUGACUGCUCCCGGACCUGUGGGGGAGGAGCGUCCUAUUCUCUGCGGAGAUGUUUGACUGGCAGGAAUUGUGAAGGGCAGAAUAUUCGAUACAAGACAUGCAGCAAUCAUGACUGCCCUCCGGAUGCGGAGGACUUCAGAGCCCAGCAGUGUUCAGCCUACAAUGAUGUUCAGUAUCAGGGGCGUUAUUAUGAGUGGCUUCCAGAGUACAACGAUCAUGCUACCCCCUGCGCACUCAAGUGUCACGCACGGGGACAGAACUUGGUAGUGGAGCUGGCACCCAAGGUCUUGGAUGGAACUCGUUGCAAUGCUGACUCCUUGGACAUGUGUAUUAGCGGCAUCUGUCAGGCAGUGGGCUGCGACCGCCAACUGGGGAGCAACGCCAAGGAAGACAACUGUGGCGUCUGUGCUGGUGACGGCACCACCUGCAGGCUGGUGCGGGGACAAUCAAAGUCACAAGUUUCUCCUGAAAAAAGGGAAGAAAAUGUAAUUGCUGUUCCUUUGGGAAGUCGAAGUGUGAGAAUUACAGUGAAAGGACCUGCACAUCUCUUCAUUGAAUCAAAAACACUUCAAGGAAGCAAAGGAGAGCACAGCUUUAACAGCCCUGGAGUUUUUGUUGUAGAAAACACAACAGUUGAAUUUCAGAGGGGCUCCGAGAGGCAGGCCUUUAAGAUUCCAGGACCUCUGAUGGCUGAUUUCAUCUUCAAGACCAGGUACACUGCAGCCAAGGACAGCGUGGUCCAGUUCUUCUUUUACCAGCCAAUCAGUCAUCAGUGGAGACAAACUGACUUCUUUCCCUGCACUGUGACAUGUGGAGGAGGGUAUCAGCUCAAUUCUGCUGAGUGUGUGGAUAUCCGGUUGAAGAGGGUGGUUCCUGACCAUUAUUGCCAUUACUACCCUGAGAAUGUGAAGCCAAAACCCAAACUGAAGGAAUGCAGCAUGGAUCCUUGCCCAUCAAGUGAUGGAUUUAAAGAGAUCAUGCCCUAUGACCACUUCCAACCUCUCCCUCGCUGGGAACAUAAUCCUUGGACUGCGUGUUCGGUGUCCUGUGGAGGUGGGAUUCAAAGGCGGAGCUUCGUGUGUGUGGAGGAGUCCAUGCAUGGAGAGAUACUGCAAGUGGAAGAAUGGAAGUGCAUGUAUGCGCCUAAACCCAAGGUGAUGCAAACCUGCAAUCUGUUCGACUGUCCCAAGUGGAUUGCCAUGGAGUGGUCUCAGUGCACAGUGACUUGUGGCCGGGGGUUACGUUACCGGGUUGUUCUGUGUAUCAACCAUCGUGGACAGCACGUUGGUGGCUGUAAUCCACAACUGAAGUUACACAUCAAGGAAGAAUGUAUCAUUCCCAUCCCGUGUUACAAACCCAAAGAAAAAAGUCCAGUGGAAGCGAAAUUACCUUGGCUGAAACAAGCACAAGAACUAGAAGAGACCAGAAUAGCAACUGAAGAACCAACGUUCAUUCCGGAGCCCUGGUCCGCCUGCAGCACCACGUGUGGGCCAGGCGUUCAGGUGCGAGAGGUGAAGUGCCGCGUGCUCCUGACGUUCACGCAGACGGAGACCGAGCUACCCGAGGAAGAGUGUGAAGGCCCCCGGCUGCCCACCGAGCGGCCCUGCCACCUGGAAGCCUGUGAUGAGAGCCCCACCCCCCGUGAGCUGGCCGCCUCCCAGCAGGAGCAGGACAGUGAGAUGACUUACGACUGGGAGUACGCCGGGUUCACCCCUUGCACCGCCACGUGUUUGGGAGGCCAUCAAGAAGCCAUUGCAGUGUGCUUACACAUCCAGACCCAGCAGACAGUCAAUGACUCCUUGUGUGAUAUGGUCCACCGUCCUCCAGCAGUGAGCCAGGCUUGUAACACGGAACCCUGCCCACCCAGGUGGCACACGGGCUCUUGGGGACCCUGCUCAGCUACCUGUGGUGUUGGAAUCCAGACCCGAGACGUGUACUGCCUGCAUCCUGGGGAAUCCCCCUCCCUUCCCGAGGAAUGCCAAGAUGAGAAGCCCCAUGCCUUACGAGCAUGCAAUCAGUUUGAUUGCCCUCCUAGCUGGCAUAUUGAAGAAUGGCAGCAGUGUUCCAGGACCUGUGGUGGGGGAACUCAGAAUCGCAGGGUCACCUGUCAGCAGCUGUUAACGGAUGGCAGCUUUCUGAGUCUCUCAGAUGAAUUGUGUCAAGGACCCAAGGCAUCUUCUCGUAAGUCCUGUGCCAGAACAGACUGUCCUCCGCAUCUAGCUGUAGGAGACUGGUCAAAGUGUUCUGUCAGUUGUGGUGUUGGAACCCAGCGGAGACAGCAGGUAUGCCAAAGGCUGACGGCCAGAGGCCGGCGUGUCCCCCUCAGUGAGACCGUGUGCAGGCAUCUUCCUGGGCCCCCUCUUGCGAGAUCUUGCCGAAUGCCUGUGUGCAGGAAAAUGCAACCGGAGGUGAAGACCAAGCUUGGCAAGCAGGGUCCUCAGAUCCUUGGUGUCCAGAGAGUCUACAUUCAGACAAGGGAAGAGAAGCGCCUUAACCUGACCGUCGGGAGCAGAGCCUAUUUGCUGCCCAACACAUCUGUGAUUAUUAAAUGCCCAGUGCGACGAUUCCAGAAAUCUCUGAUCCAGUGGGAGAAGGAUGGCCAUUGUCUGCAGAACUCCAAACGACUCGGCAUCACCAAGUCAGGCUCACUAAAAAUCCACAGCCUUGCAGCCUCCGACAUCGGCAUGUACCGGUGCAUCGCAGGCUCUGCCCAAGAGACAGUGGUGCUCAAGCUCAUUGGCACUGACAACCGACUCAUUGCACCCCCAGCCCUCGGAGGGCACACAGGGGAAUAUCCUGGGAUGGACCAUAACGAAGCCAAUAAUUUGGGAGCCACAUGGCAUAAGAUGAGGCAGAAGUGGAGUAAUAAAAAUGAGCUUUAUUUGGACGGUGGCCAAAUUUAUCACCAGCCUCUCUUAAGAGCUCUGUUGGGCCACUGCAGCCAUUCUGCAGGAAACGCCAACUCCUGGGAGUUUGAGAAAAAGCAGUUUGAAUCUGCAGUGAAACAGGGAGCCUAUAGCACGGAUACGGCCCAGUUUCAUGAACUGAUAAGGAACAUGAGUCAGCUCAUGGAGACCGGAGAGGUCAGUGAUGACCUUGCGUCCCAGGUGAUAUAUCAGCUGGUGGCUGAGUUAGCGAAGGCGCAGUCUGCACACGUGCAGUGGAGGGGCAUCCUGGGCGAGGCGCCUCCCGCGGCUCACCCGGGAAGUGUGCCCCAAAGCUCAAAUUCGAAAAACUCAGGCAAGCUGACAUUCAAGCCAAAGGGACCUGUUCUCUUGAGGCAAAGCCAGCCCACCUCGAUUUCUCUUAAUAAAACAGUAAAUUCAAGGAUUGGAAAUACAGUCUACAUUACAAGAAGGACGGAGGUCAUCAAUAUACUGUGUGAGCUUGUUACCCCCGGUGAGGCCACAUAUACUUGGACCAAGGAUGGAGCAUUGUUACGACCCUCUGAAAAAGUCAUUGUGGAUGGAAUGGGGAAAAUGCAGAUACAGAAACCUACAAAGAAAGAACAAGGAAUAUACGGAUGUUCUGUCGCUAAUCAUCUGGGUUCGGAUGUGGAAAGUUCUUCUGUGCUGUAUGCAGAGGCACCUGUCAUCUUGGCUAUUGGAAGAAAUAUCACCAGACCAGAGCACAGCCAUCUCUCUGUUGUGAUUGGAGGCAUCGUGGAAGCACCCCAGCGAGCAAACGUGACCAUCCAAUGUCCUGUAAAAGGUGUCCCUCAACCUCAUGUAACUUGGUUGAAGAAAGGAGGAUCUCUGAGUGACAAUAUUUCCUUGCUUUUCAAUGGAUCCCUGUUGCUGCAGAAUGUUUCCCUUGAAAGUGAAGGGACCUAUGUCUGUACAGCCACCAAUGCUGUUGGAAAGGCGAUGGCAACAUCCAUCCUCCACUUGCUGGUACAAAGACAGUCAGGCAGUAAACUUCUAUUUCCCAAGGUCCAUAAACAGCAUAUGCUCCAGGCAUCCAACACUGGAACCAACAGUAAUGGGCCAACAAGAGAACCCUUACCUUCAGAGACCUUCUGGGAGCUUGAUAGCUGGACACAUUGUUCUGCCACUUGCGGCCACUUGGGAGCCCGAGUUCAGAGACCCCAGUGCGUAAUGGCCAACGGGCAGGAAGUGAGUGAGGCCUUCUGUGAGCACCUCCAGAAGCCGAUGGCUGGGUUCCAGCCCUGUAACAUCUGGGACUGCCCCUCGAGGUGGUUCACGGGCACGUGGUCAGAGUGCUCUGUGUCUUGCGGUGAAGGAUUCCGCAGUCGGCAAGUGACCUGUAAGCGCACGAGAGCCAACGGGACUGUGCAGGUGAUGCCUCCGAGAGCAUGUGCCCCCAGAGAGAGGCCUCUGGGAAGAAGACCCUGCUCCAGUCACCCCUGUGUUCAAGGGCUUCUUGAACCAGGGAACCAGGGAACGCUGACAAAUCUAUGUCCUGGACGUUGCCUGGGUCGCGCUGUGAGGAGGCAGCAGCAGCAUCAUAUAAUUUGUCAACACCAAGGUUGUUCUGAGUCCGGCUGUGAUGACAGGAGGUAGCGGCCCCGCCCUAGGGCAGCACACAACCUCUGCCACCUCAGUAGUGACUGUGAUCGCCUGAAAGUGGCAUCCUCUGUCCUCUGUACCGCCUCUCACAAUGGACAGUUCCUACUAAAUUAUGAUUUCUCAUGGUGCCACCCUCAAUAGUAUGUAUUAUACCAAAAU